UUUUCACACAAAGAAAAACCAAUUUGACCCUUACCAUCUUCUUACCUUUUCUUGAAAGCGUUUAGUGAGAAAUCAGUAUGGCGACCAAAGAUUCAGACGAAUACGACUAUCUCUUCAAAGUUGUCUUGAUUGGCGAUUCGGGCGUCGGCAAGUCCAACUUGCUCUCGCGAUUCACACGAAACGAGUUCAACCUCGAGUCCAAGUCGACAAUCGGUGUCGAGUUUGCCACCCGAAGCAUCCAGGUUGACGGCAAGACCAUCAAGGCGCAAAUCUGGGACACGGCCGGUCAGGAGAGGUACCGCGCCAUCACCAGCGCCUACUACCGUGGCGCCGUCGGUGCGCUUCUCGUUUACGACAUUGCCAAGCACCUGACCUACGAGAACGUCGAGCGCUGGCUCAAGGAGCUCCGCGAUCACGCAGACGCAAACAUUGUCAUUAUGCUUGUUGGCAACAAGAGCGAUCUCCGACAUUUGCGAGCCGUCCCGACCGACGAUUCCAAGUCGUUUGCAGAGAAAAACAACCUCUCGUUCAUUGAGACGUCGGCGCUGGAUGCCACAAACGUCGAGCUUGCCUUCCAAAACAUCCUAACAGAAAUCUAUCACAUUGUUUCUCAAAAGACGAUUGUGAACGACGACCACGUCGCCAAAGUGCCCACCAGCAACGUGCAGACAAUCACUGUCGCUCCAAGCGAAGCAACUGACGACAAGAAGAAGGGCGGCUGCUGCUAACAACACGACGAUGAUUGCAUUUGGAUUCUCUUUGCAUUUCGCAUGUUUUCGUGUCGCUUUUCGAGGAAAGGGGGAGGGUUGAUGUCUUCCCCUUGUUCAGUUUGUGCUCCUGCAUUGUCGUUCGCUCUUAACCAAAGUGGGACUGGUUUCUUGUUGUCUGUGUGUGUUCACGAUGGUGUUUCCUUCGUUUUCUCUGCGUUUCUUGUGUAAUUUGUAAUGAAACGCAUCUUGUCCACUAAACGCUUUUUUUUGAAAGAACUUUGAUUGAUGACAAAGAAGAUAGACUUUUACAUGGA